CAAGUUUGUGCCGGGAGACUUUAACAUUAUUCUGUACCUCCAAUUUAAAGAUUCUGGUUGGUAGAAAGUCUGCCAUCAGUUCCUUUAGGAGAAGUUUUUGAUGUGUACAUGGACAUUGAAUAUAAAAAACCAUGAAUCCUAUCCUGCAAAGUUUUCUGUUUCUGCUGCUGCAAGAAGUCAGUAGAGCUAUGGAAGAUGACGUACGAUCCAGCUGCCGUACUGCUCCAAAUGACCUAGUUUUCAUUUUGGAUGGUUCCUUCAGUGUAGGACCGGAUAAUUUUGAAAUAGUCAAAAACUGGAUUAUUAAUAUAUCUAGCAGUUUUGAAAUAGGGACAGCCUUUACACAAGUUGGUGUUGUGCAAUAUAGUGACGAUCCUUUGCUAGAAAUCCCAUUGGAAGAACAUGGGUCCAAUGAAGACUUAAUGGAAGCAAUGGCAGCCAUCUCAUAUAGGGGUGGAAACACUAGAACAGGAAAAGCCAUAACAUUUGGAGUUAAUAAUGUGUUUGCUACCUCGACUAGGGCUGCUGAUGCAGUUACUAAAGUGGCAAUUGUACUAACGGAUGGAAAAUCUCAGGAUGAUGUGAAAGAGUCAGCAGAGGAAGCAAGGAAAAGGAAAAUUAUAUUAUUUGCAAUUGGAGUUGGUCAGGAAAUAGAAGAUGCCGAGCUUCAAGCAAUUGCUAAUAAGCCAUCAUCUACCUAUGUGUUCUAUGUAGAGGACUACUCUGGUAUCUCCAGAAUUAGAGAAAUAAUGAAACAGAAACUAUGUGAAGAAACAGUGUGUCCUACAAGAAUACCAGUGGCAUCACGAGAUGAAAAAGGAUUUGAUAUCCUUGUUGGAUUAGAUAUUAGUAAGAAGGCCAGUGGAAUUCAAGGCUCAUAUCAUGGCAAAAAAGCUUACAGGGUUACAGCACUGACUGAUUUAACAGAAAGAACGAGCGAUAUCUUUCCUGAUGGUCUUCCUCCUUCCUAUGUCUUCGUGUCUACGUUACGAUUCACGAGGCCUGCAACAAAAGAAAAAUGGGAUUUAUGGAGAAUCUUAGCUUUAGAUGGCACAAUUCAAACAGCUGUCACACUGAAUGGCGGAGACAACACCGUAAUUUUUUAUACAACAGAAGUGGUGAAUGAUACACAGUCUGUGACCUUCACAUCUGCACUUAUAAAGGCAUUGUUUGAUGAAAAAUGGCACCUUCUGCGAGUCCUUGUAACAGAAAGAGAUGCUACUUUAUAUUUGGAUGAUAAAUUUAUUGAGACAAGACAACUAAAACCUGUUGUUGGUAUCUUCAUUAGUGGAAAAACACAGAUUGGAAAGUACUUUGGGAAAGAAGCAACUGUACCAUUUGACGUUCAAAAAUUAAGGAUUUACUGUGACCCAGAACAGAAUCAGCGAGAAACUGCUUGUGAAAUUCCAACUAUUUGUGACAGUAGUCUUGAUGACUUUUUUGCAACAUCACCACCAUGUACGUGCUCCCCAGGGCCACCUGGCCCUCAAGGAAAAAAGGGAGAAAGUGGACUGCCAGGGAAAAAUGGUGAUCCAGGAAAACCUGGUGCAGAUGGAAAUCCAGGAUUACCUGGAAAACCAGGGGUACCAGGACGUCAGGGAAUUCAGGGAUCACAAGGAUUUCGUGGAUAUAAGGGUGAGGAGGGAAGGCCUGGUAUUCCAGGCAAACAAGGUGAUCCAGGUUUACAAGGAUUAUCAGGACAACAAGGUCCCAUGGGUCCUUGGGGCUUGAAAGGAGAACCAGGCCGACACGGUUUUGAUGGUAAAAAGGGUACAAAAGGUGACAAAGGUUCUCAGGGCUAUCCAGGAUUAAAUGGGCUUCCAGGACGUCAUGGUGAAAAUGGAAAAAAUGGCCUACCUGGGAUCCCUGGCACAAAGGGUGAACCUGGAAAAGUUGGUUUACCAGGAUUAGAUGGAUCAACAGGACAGCCUGGUAUUCCAGGAAUACCAGGACGUGUGGGUCCAAUGGGUCACAAGGGGGAAAAUGGACAUCCAGGCAAAAAAGGAGGUAGUGGGCCUCCUGGAGCAAAGGGUGAAAUGGGACUGCCAGGUAAAUCUGGUUCACAAGGAUUACCAGGGCCCAAGGGUGACAAAGGUGAACGAGGACCACAAGGAAUUAAGGGACAAGGUGGCAGUAAGGGUUGGAUGGGAGAACCAGGGUUUCCAGGUCAACCAGGACAUUCUGGAAUGCCUGGGAUGAGUGGAAUAAAGGGUUCCAAAGGAAAUGCAGGUGUCCAGGGAAAGCAGGGCAAUAGGGGUAUACCAGGAAUGACAGGAAUGCCAGGGCUACAGGGUCCAAGGGGAUUAGCAGGAUCAAAAGGAGAGAGAGGUGAAUUGGGAUAUCCAGGCACUCCAGGCAUUAAAGGUCAAAAGGGAGAACCUGGUAUACCUGGUGGAACUGGGCCUCAAGGCCCUAAAGGAAACAAUGGACUUUCAGGAAAACCAGGAGCACCAGGACAAAAAGGAAUUUCUGGCCGAUUCAUUUCAGAUGAAUACAUCCGAGAUAUUUGCAUGGAUGUGCUAAGAACUCAACUACCUUCAUUUUUGCAAAACCAAAGAAAUCAAAACUUCUGGUACUGCCAGCAAUGCAAGGGAUCAUCUGGCCCUCCAGGUCCAGCAGGCCCACCAGGAUUACCAGGACUUCAAGGUCCCAGUGGUUUCCCAGGUUUAGAUGGUAAACAAGGUCAACCAGGUUCUUCAGGUUUACCAGGCCCUCCAGGAAUCCAAGGAUUCAUGGGACCCCCUGGUCAGAAAGGUGAGAAAGGUGAGAGAGGCGUCGGAGAUCCUGGACACCAAGGUCUACCAGGAAUGCCAGGGCCUAUAGGCUUGCCAGGAAUAAGUAAAGAAGGCUACCCAGGAAUACCAGGUUCACCUGGAAAAGAUGGAGCUCCUGGAAAAAUAGGCAGAUCUGGACCUCCUGGUCCUCCUGGAACGUGCCAGCCAUUUCUAUGUUAUCGAGCAUUUGGAAGAGAUCCAUUCAGAAAAGGACCAAACUAUUGAAGCUUUACUGACAUCUAGUAGAACAAACUAAUUUGGAGUAAGUUUAUAAUUGAUCUUACUCAAAAUUGUAUGUAUCAUUGAAAUGUCUGAAAAGUAGUCUCAGGAAGAUUUACACCAGAAACUAUAUGUUAUCAAUCAUCUUUUCAUACUGUUGCCAAAAUGACAAGAGUAUCAACAGCAUACAAGAAAUCAUUAACUACUUAUAUGUUGUUAGUCUUCUGUUUCAUUUACAUUAUUUGUAUUUUGUUGUUCAAUGCAAUGUCAGAGAUGGAGAAGUCAGAAAUUGUAGCAUACAUUAUCGAGCUUUGUUGGCAUGCAUUAGUUUGUUAGCAGUUACGAUACUUUUGAUAAAAUCAUUGUCAAUUCCUCAAUGCAAUGUGCUACUUUUUAUAUUAGGGCAAGUUGCAUCUGAUAUGGCCACCUCCUUUAUGAUGUCAAAAAUUGUAAAGAUGUUCCAAAAAAAUGUACUCAAAAUGUAAUUUUCCAAAGACAUGUUCUCUUAUUUUAAUGAAACUGUUCCCAUUGCAGUAUAUCGUUAAUUUUAAAGCCAAAAGAGAAAACUAGUUCAUAAGUACUUGUUAGCCAACCAUGCUUUAUUAAAAUAUUGUACAGUAUGUACAGUACUGGUUUUCUUUUACAUCAUAGCUUGAUUUCUGAACAGUAAAUAUUAGUCUAUAAUUUAAAUAAAUUAAGACUUAUUUAUCUUAAAAUAUGCCUACCUAUCAUACAUUUCUGUAGCAGUUCUCACUGGCUAUAGGUUAAUAAUUCAUUGUUAAUAUAGUUUGGAAAUUAAACUAUGUUCAAUUCAAGAUCUGUCUCUUUAUAAAAUGAAUUUGGAAGCAUCAAGACUAUCAAAAUUCAACUUGCAUGAAUUGAUAUUUUGUACAAUAUUUUCAUUGUCAA